AAGCGAAAGCCAUUCGGCCUCCUCAAACGCACCAAGUCUCUCCGAGACAACUUGCGCGAUAUCGCCAACCCCUCCGAGCAGCAACACGACCCGAUGCCUACGCUGGCCCCACAGUCCACCAACGGAAGCGAGUCGCCGUCUGUGCAGGCAGUGCCCGCGCAGCAACAUACGGAGCGUUCUCGUCGCGACGUGAUGGAGUCCUCGACACGGAACCCGUCUGAGGACCGGGAACCUCCACGUGAAGGUCAGGCUACUCGAGAGCAGCGCCGCGACAAGUCGCCAAAAGGCGCACCCGUGCCCGCACCUGUAGCCGCACCCGCACCAGCUCCCGCACCCGCACCAGUCCGCGAGAAUGGGCACUCAACAUUCUUCAGUGGACUCAAAAACUCGUCUACAAAGGCUGCCGGCAUGUUCAACCGGGGAUUCUUCAAGGGUCACCGAAGCGCUAGUACCCACGAACACCAGCAUUCGUUGGACGACGAACACUAUGAGCUCAAGGUUCUGAACCUUCCUCUUGCCGCGCAAACGCGCAAGACACGGAUAUCCAAGCGACUGGAAGACUCGAGGGAUAAGACCGAGUUCUGGAUGCCCGCUUUUCCAUGGAGAGCUAUUGAUUAUCUCAACUUCAAGGGCUGUGAGGUAGAGGGUCUGUAUCGUGUUCCAGGCAGCGGUCCUCAGAUCAAGAAGUGGCAACGGAGGUUCGACGAGGAGCACGAUGUCAAUCUCUUUGAGGCAGAGGACCUGUACGACAUCAACAUCAUCGGUUCCAUGCUGAAAGCUUGGCUCCGGGAGCUACCCGAAGAGCUCUUCCCCAAGGCGGCUCAGGAGCGAAUUGCGCGAGAAUGUGCGGGAGCAGAAACUGUUCCGCAGUUGCUCAUUGAUGAGUUGUCGAAUCUGUCGCCCUUUCAGUACUAUUUACUCUUUGCUAUCACUUGCCAUCUCAGCCUUCUCCUGGCCAACUCGGACAAGAACAAGAUGGAUUUCCGCAACCUCUGCAUCUGUUUCCAGCCCUGUAUGAAGAUUGAUGCGUUCUGCUUCAAGUUCCUCGUCUGCGAUUGGAGAGACUGCUGGAAAGGUUGUGCCAACGAGGCCGCCUAUAUAGAGCAGGAGUAUAUCCUGCUCGACGAGCCGCCACCACAGGGACUCUCUCAAUCAACAGAUCCCGCGCAAUCUGUCGCCGCGCCGCCAGCUGCGGCAACUCGGCGGUCUCCCUCGGAGUCCAGUCAGCGCUCGGCUGACGGCGCCGCACCAGCUCGAGUACCGCAACAAACCCAGGUACAGGAAUCGCAGUCCAAGGACAGCGUGGGCUCAAACGGGUCCACGAUAUCGACAACCUUGACGUUCAACAGCGAGCAGGAAGCGGCGAAAAGCAGAUCAGGGGAGCUACGCCGGCUUUCCCCCAUCCAGCCUUUAUCACCGCUUGGCUUUCAAUAG